UGUAGGCCAACAGUCUUAAUAGUAACUCGUGUCUGUUGACCAACUAGGUCGAUUGUUGAGUAAACAUUCAUAACUUGAACUCUGAAUUAAUAUAGGGAUAUUUGAUUACCGAAUUCAUAAAGUGUUUACGAUACUCAUAUCUUCAUUAUACAGUAUUUAUGAUCACGAUCUCUGCCUAGUGUGGACUCGGCGCAAGGCCAACGCAGAAAAGGAGGGCUUUGUUUGAAGUAUAUAUAUACAUGUAUAUAAUUACUAUGAGAAACAGAACGCGUCAAAACAGACUCCAAUCGUCGCUUGUUCUUUCCGAGGUGCUUACCAGCAUGUCAUCUUAUGGAUUGCCGAAAUGUUCUGCGAAGAUAUCCUGUGCAAUGGUCACAUUGUCCGUUUUUCUUCUGGUCAGCUUUGCUUGGAUGUUUCUACUAGUCGUUGAUCAGAAUCCAUAUGGGUUUGGCUGGCUGAGGACCGUUCAUUGGACACCAGGGACCCUACAAGUGGAUUCCUAUGACUUUCCGAUCAAUCCGAUGGAUACGUGUAAGGAAGGGAUUACCAGGAUCAAGCUGCUGGUUUUGGUGAAGUCCGCACCCUCUCAUAGAUCGCACAGGGAUGCCAUACGAGAGACCUAUGCCAGUGGUAUCAAGGAGUACAGAGUGUCCGCAAGGGUGUUGUUUGUCCUGGGAAACACUGAGGAUGAGCAGGACCGAAAAGCCAUCGGGGUAGAAGCUGAACUGUACGGGGAUGUCUUACAAGUGGACUUUACCGACCAUUACUAUAACCUCACGAUCAAACUCGUUAUGAGCUUAAAAUGGGUGGUCAACUUCUGUCGGGACACUGAGUUUGUGAUGUCCAUAGACGAUGAUGUAAUGCUUGACGUUGUGACUCUUGUCCAGGAUUUAGAAGCGCUACCAAUGGAGCGUCAGUCGGACUUCUUCCUGGGGAAGCCAAACACGUACCCACCAAACCGUAAUGUGUUCAGCAAAUGGUAUAUCCCGAGAGAGUUGUACCCAGAGGAUACCUACCCAGUGUCACCGUUUGGUCAUGGAUAUGUAAUGUCACAGGAUGUGGUACAGAAGCUCUACGAAGCCUCCACAGAAUGCCUUCCUAGGGUUCCAUUUGAUGACGUCUACUGUGGAAUGCUGUUGCAAAGGAGAAACAUCGAGAUUGUCAACAGACUAAAUUUCUACAAAGAGCUUCAUCCGAAGAGAAGAUCCAAAGACUACGUGAUGCUCGAACUCUCCGAGGGGGCCAUGAAACGAACUUGGGAAUCCAUGCGCCUCGGGACCCUUUCCGAAAACCUCCCAAAUUUCACAUGUACCAAUUCAGUAUUGUUUUGGUUGAUAUUACUAUCAUUACUUAUAAUCAUCAUUGUAAAGUAUUUUCACCAUGCCAGUAUUGACCACCAGAUAACUCUCUCAUAGUUACACAUUGGAAGACUUGCAGUUGUGCUCAAAACUUAGUGAACACAACCACAAAAUGCACUCCUUAAUUCAUGCUGACUUUUGAAUGUAGACAACAGCACUACGAUGCUUGGCGAGCCAAGAUAAACAACUUUUAUUGAAUGCAAUAUUAUGUUUCCUUACUUCACAAUUAAUAUCUAAUACAUGGCAGAACCUGAACACUUUGAAAUAUGAUCAUUUUCCGGUUUGAUUCGCUAACCUUUGCACAUUACUGUAUAUUGUCAAUUGGUCUACAAGCCUAAUUGUCGUUUAAUGAUGCACUUCACUUUCUCAUUCUUCAUCAUCUGCUUAUGAAGCUGAAUAGUUGGUCCAAUAUCCACCUUAUCUAGUUUUUAUUUUUACUUUGUCAAAUGAGAAUUUGGUUCAUAAAUAGUUUGACAUAUCCAUAAAGACUAAGUAGACAUUAGACGAAAUGGGUAUAGCCUUAAUGGAUAUUAGACGUAGUGGUGGAAAGAUAAAGUGGCAGUUAGUCCAAAGGGU